CUUACUGGCCCUUCUAUUUUCUUAUCAUUAUUUUGGAAAUUGUGGACUGCCAGUGAUGUGAAUCACGACCAUGCUAAAUUUUUGCGACUACUGCGUUUCCGGUCGUGGAAAGGGAUUUCUCGUUUCCUGUCCGGAAGCCUCGUAACUUUUUGCGUCUCCGCGAGAAAUGCACUUUUUCGUAACCGGUAUGUUCGGUCCCAGCAGUGUGACUGUGACCAGUACACGAGUUGGACAGUGAUUUCGAUUCCAGUUUGUCGGAUACGAACAAGGGACUGUCGUCCUUAUUAUGCGGUACAGUCUACGCUGCCGAUGCGUUCCGCAACCAACAAUGGUGGUCUGGAUGUUGGCUGGCUGGACCGGGACGAACGCUGUACUUGCAGGCAGCAGGGCGAGUCGCCUCCACCGGGAUACCUUUCGUCAGGCACGUUCUCCUUUUCUACGGUCGACCGAGAAUGCUGGGAAUGUUGUUGCACCAGUCCGGCGACGAAAGCUGCGACACAGCAACACACUAAUCAAGAAAAAGGACGACUCGCCGAGCGACGAUGCUCCGCCCACUGUCGCCCCGGUGAUUCUAGAUAGUUGGGAAAUGGUUGCCGAAGGAAACUUGUUGCCCGGCGACUCCGUCAUCCCUCCGCAAGAAGAAAGAAUUGUACUUGGAAAGACCGUUCCCGACGCUGACGAGAGAACCGAGACAACUUCGACAUCCACGCCAGUGUCCGAGGAAACGAGACUCGAAAUGGAGACCGGCGCCGAACUCACCAAAGUGACGUCGGAAACUGCCGAUACCCAAACACAAAUUAAACGUGUUGUGGAAAAGAGCGAGCAGCCAGAGAUGGCCAGUGCCGACACUUUGACGGUAGAGGAUCCUACCGCCCUCGUUGGCAACGACGACAAUGAUAGUCGGAGCGUCAGCGUGACUAUCCUUUUGUGGGCCACAAUAUUUGUGGCCUUGGGAGUGUCCGCCGCGAUUCUCGUCAAGAUUUUUACAAUAUGCCGAGAAGAAAGUCGAAGUACAUACCAAGACGACGAUGAGGAUGACGGUACAACGGCGACCAAGGCAAGUUCCAAUACUACGAGAACGGACGAUAACCAGGACACGACCGAACUUAGCCUCCUAGAGGACGGAGCGGAUGACGCCUUGCGCAUUCUGGAAAUACCGACGCGGCAUUGCGCAGAUUCUUGCUGAAGCUUCGGCUUGAGAAUACCAGCUAGUGGGUCAGCUUGGUACGGUAAAUUAAGGUCGAUCGAACCACUGAAUCAAUGAUUGAUGAUGUUGCCUAUUGUCUUUCGCCAACUGGGCGGUGCUGCCGUCCUCUUCUACGCCAGGAUUGCAAACAACCACCAACGAAAACGGUAGCCGGGCCCAGCGAUCUGAUCGAGGCUUGCUGCAGGGAUCCAUCCCUUUGGUCUGCUCUUUCCACUCUUCUUCUCGCCAACUGUAACUUUCCGAAGUCAAUGCAUUGAUUGUUCUGAAUGAUGCACGCCAGCACGCUUGGCCCUUGUUUUUUCAAAUUUUGAAUCGGCUUUGACUCAAUCCCGUCCAAACGGUUGGAAAUUUUUUCACUGUCAGAUGUGACUGUAAAUGAGGAGCCAACAAUGAAACGUAACAGAUGUUCAUGGUCAGACAAACACACACAACCGAACAGUAAGCCAGAUUCAAGGGAGGUACCAUCAACAUUCUACAAGGAGACAAUGCAUGUGUUAACGGAUCUGCUCCCAAACGUGGCGGCAAGCACACGCAAGUUGAUAGCAAGAAAUUCAUACCUAUUAAUGUAACUUGAACAGCGAAACAAAUAUGUGCACAUACUUUAUCUCGUUGGCGUGUCUUACGACAGCGCUAUGGGACAUGGUUUUUGCUCAUGGUCAGCUCAGAACCAAAUUAUGCCGCGAGAGAACCACGGAAAAAAAGCAACGACCAACAGAACACUCGAGACUGCCAAAAGCCGGUGGCACUUCAUUCGUUCGGUCAAUCUGCCCGGAGAACCACUUUGCACGUCACGUUCUGGGCAAAGAGUGCUAGAGGCGUCGCGAGUUCGACGGUGGUACCUGUCUCCCUCCCUGUGCCAUUCCUUUCUGUCACUGGUAGUGGGAACACCGCUUCCCUCUUCUGGUGCCCGUAAACUUCGAGCCCAGCAACGAAUUACUGU